AUGCCACUAAGAUUUCCCCUGCCAGAAAUAAUAGGUUUACUCGAAUUGGAUUGGAAUGAAAAAUUGUUGGAGUGGCGACAGACCCUUGGUAAAGAUUAUUGGUGCCUUCGACGACCUGUUGCUGUUUUCUUCGAUGAUUUGUUUGUAGGAAGUGAUUUAGAACUCAUAAAACUUACUAAUAUUGGGGAUAUUUUUUUAGAAUGUAUUCCUUCAAAAAAUAUAUACUUUAUUAAAGAUCAUUUUAGAAGAGACUAUAUUUCUUAUUUAAAAAAAACUAAGAGGAUUUAUUGCUAUCUAGAUAUUUGCGUAGAUGAUGAAUAUAUAGGCACACUAACUUUUCAAUUGUACUCUGAUCUUGUGCCCAAAACUUGUGAAAAUUUUAAAAACCUUUGCUUGGGAAAUAAAGGUUCUUUUCUUUCGUAUAAAGGAAGUCGGAUUCAUCGCGUAGUUAAAAAAGGUUGGCUACAAGGAGGAGACAUUCAAUAUAAAACCGGAGGCGGAGGAUUUAGCACCUUUUGCGAUUUUCUGGAAGAUGAAUGUUUUGGUAUUAGUCAUGAUAGAAGAGGAGUUUUGUCGAUGGCCAACAAGGGAAGACACACGAAUGCUUCACAGUUUAUAAUAACACUAAAACCCAGCAAAUGGAUGGAUACUCAUUACGUUGCUUUUGGACAAUUAAUAGAAGGUUCAAAAGUAUUAAAAUUCCUUGAAAAUAUUGAAACUUUGCAUGAAUGCCCGUUAAAAAAAAUUGAAAUUAAAAGCUGUGGAAAAUUGGAUCUUGAAGAUGUUGAAGACGUUGAUAUUAAUUAUGGAAGCAGUGACAGAUGCUUUAAUGAAAAAAAUGCACGCAGCCGACGUUUUUACUCUAUUCCUGAAGAAAUUUUGGAAGAAUCUGCGCAAUAUUUAAGAAAUUUACAUAGAAGUUUAUAUCGAGUUUUAAAACCCAGUGCGACAGAAAUAGUAGAAGUGCUCAUGUAUGAUUUACUAAUGGCCGUCCUGACAAGAAUGACAAACUUAGAUGACGUAAGAGAAACCAUGGGACAUGAUUUGUACUAUAAAAUGAUUAAAGGCAUUGAUAUGGAAUCUGAAAUAUGCCACAAACCGUAUAUCAAAAAAUUCAUUAACCAAAUUGUUCACACAGCUAAAAAUAUGAUUAAUUUUUGUAAUAAAAAAAUGAUUAAAAUGAAAAUAAUGUCAAAAGAGAUUAAAUUGUUUACAGAAAAAACACAAAAUUGGGUUCAAUCCUUUGUCCUGCAAGAAACGUUCAAGGGACAAAAUUAUCAUAUUUCUGAUAGACCGCCGUGGAAGGUAGAGGAAAACAAAAGCACUGAAGAAGUGGAAAAAGAAUUUCCCAAGAGAGAAGGAAAACCGUGUUGCGAAUUGGAAAAAAGAGAAAAAGAAAAAAAUUUAGAAGAUUUAUUAAGUAAAUAUCCUCCCGAAGAUAUUUGCUGUAUUGGUUCAAAACUCAUAGAAUUAAAUAAAAUUAGUUUUCAUGAUAUUUUUAACACGUGCAGAUAUGAUUUAAAAAAAGUUAAUAAAAAAAAAAAUCGUGAAAGAAUGCCACUUCUUGAUUUAAUUGAAAUUAGUCGAUUUAAACUAAGAUGGCUAAGAAAAAAGGAAAAUACUGAAAAGCCCAAAGAACGAAUUUGUAUAGAAAAAAAAAUUAGAAGAUGGUUGAAAGAAGUGACUUACACGCAAGAAACUUUUUGGAUUAAAAAUUUGUUAUUUGGAAAAGACGACAUUGUUUUUGAUCACAUUGAAGAAAUUAUGUAUGGCACUAUGACCGCAGGACUUUUAGAAAUGUAUUAUUUUUAUGAACAAUAUUUAAAACUUUGCGGCAUUAAAGGUCAAAAAAUAAUUACUAAAAUCAUAUAUCCUGAACCUUCAGAUAUAGAAGGCUCAUUAGACGAAGAAGAAGAAGGAGGACGAGGAGGAGGAGAAGACGAAGAAGAAGGAAAAGAAAAAAAAAUAGAAGAGUUUCAAGGAGAAGGAGAUGAAAAAUUAGAAGGAAAUAAUUUAUUGCCGCCUUGUAAGUGUGGUCAUCCCUGCUGCGUCUGCGAAUUUGAUAAGGAUUUUCAGCCAGCCACACCUCCUCCUUCUCUAGAAGAUAUGCCGGUAGGAAUGACAACACGGGAUUUUCUCGAAGAUAUCCCGGAAGGAAGUUUACACACUCCUGGAACUGAAACUGAAACUGAAAAUAAAACUAAAACUAAAACUGGAUCUGAAUCGCCCUGUGGAUCUGAUAUGGAAUUAAUAAAUAUAACUAAUAUUUUGGCUAACAGAAUUUCUUUAAAACCAGAAGACAUUGAUAUUGGAUCUUUUAAAUGGUUGAAAUCCUAUAUAUUAGAGGAAGGAUGCGAUUUAAAAACGGAAUUUGCAACUCGAGUGCACAAUUGGAUCGAUGGAGAACAAUUUAAUUACAAAGGAUUUAUAAGUAAGCAUUCUUUGGUCACGAGGGCUUCUUUACUAAGCAUGUCUAUAAGCUUGGCAGGACUUUUAUCUGAAGAAAAUCAAAUGAAGAAGGAAAUAAAAGAUUUUGUUUAUGAUUUAUGGGAUUUAUAUUUUAAUGAAAUGUUUAAGGAAGCACUUAUCGAAUACCCACCUCCAAAAGAACAACCAAAGGAAGAAGAAUCUUUUUUAAAAGAAGGGGAAUACAAAAAUCAAAAAAUAUCUACCCCGGAAGAAAGUAGAGCUUCCGAACAUCAUUCAUCUGUUGAAGAAGAACGUCCAAAAGAUGAAUGCGAAGAAAUUAUAGCCAAAACUCCGGACUUUGAUUUUACUAAAUUUUGUAAACGUUUUCAGGAAAAUAAAACUCCUUCCGAAGAAGUAAUAAAUAAAGAAAAUACAUUAAAAGACGAAAUGCAUAAAGUAGAAAUUUCAAAAAGCUUUAUUAAAAAUGAUGAAUAUGCCGCUGAAAGUAUCAUGUUUAAAAAGUCAGACGUUGCCUUUUACAGCCAAGACAACAAUUUAAAUUUUUCAGACCCAGAAAACACGGGAAAUGAAGAUAAAAAUUUAAAUGACGAUGUAACUGUAAGUAUUAAUAUAACUGAAAAUGAAAAGGAAAGCGAAAAGGAGAGCGAAAAGGAAAGCGAAAAGGAAAGCAAAAAUGAAACUAAAAUUGAAAAUAAAAUUGAAAAUAAAAUUGAAAAUAAAAUUGAUAAUACAACAAUCGAACAUGAUAGUACAAAAGAAAAAGAAAAAAGUAUGAAAGUCGAUGAAAAUGAAAUUGAGGUUGAAAAUCAAAUUCAAAAAGAUUUGAAAAGUAAAACUGUUCGUAAAAAACCUAAAAAACCAUCACCGAUAGUGAUACAAGAAUUAGUAGACGAAACAAGCGAAGAAGAAAGUAGAAUUAUACCACCUUAUAGUCAGCCAUUUUGGGUAAAAUUCUUGACCGAAUUAACUAAGCAAGCUUUGGGAGCAUUGUCUAAAGUAAGCCGAUUGCCAAGAAGACUGUAUUUUGGUACCGAUUCAGAAUUAGAUUUUGAUGAUAAAAUGAAAGAAUGGUUCAAUUUUAAUGCAUUUAACCCACAACCAACAAAGGGAAGGGAAAUAUUAGACUUCAUUGCACUACAUCAUAAAAGUUUAACUAACCUGGAAGAAACAGCAAGAGAGUUGGUAAAUAGAUGUACAAGAAUUACGUCAGCGGAAGUGAUAGCAGACGAAAUACUCAUUGACGUAAUUCAAAAUGCAUUAAAAAAUCAAAUGGAUGAUGAUGCGGUAGAGUUAUACGUUUCAAGUGUUGUUUCCAGUGCAGUUUCAUCUAUGCGUACUAGAAAUACGAUUUCGGAAAUAUGA